GGUACUCCGUAACCGAACCAACCUUUAGGAAAGGAACCGCCGAUGAUGCCUGUCACAUUCAUCUGCGCCGUCGCAGCUAUACUCUCAUCAACAGCUAUAACCUUAUCAACAGCGGGAAUGCUAUGUAUCUAUAUAGGCACACUAGAAAGAGAAAUGACCUUUGAACUGGAUCUAAUCAAGAAAGAGACUGACAAUCUCUGGCGAGACAUGGUCAGUAUGGAUCAAAAUCUGGAAUUGACAAGAAGAACAAGAAGAGAUCUGGAAGAGGUGCUCGAUGUCACAGAAGCCGUAGCAGUAUUCCCAGACCAAGAGAAGAUUACUCAGAUACCAAUACUUCUUUCACGAUGCAUGUGCUAUGCCGGACAAGCGUGCCCACAAGGACCACCAGGACCACCUGGAGAAGAGGGACCUGAUGGUAUGGACGGGGUCAAUGGUGUAGAUGGUUAUGAUGGAUUUGAUGCGCAUCCGAGUCCGCCACCGAAAAUCUCAAAAGGCUGCUAUCAUUGCCCUCACGGAGAGCCAGGACCUCAGGGACCGCCCGGACCCGUAGGAAAGCGAGGACUUCGCGGAGCUCCAGGCAGAGCAGGCCGACCAGGUUACAACGGACAGCGAGGAUACCCAGGCGAUAUGGGUCCAGUUGGUCCGCCUGGUCCCGACGGAGAGGCUGGCAAACCCGGACCAAAUGGAAUUGAUGGAGUAAAAUAUAUCCCGAGGCAAGGAAUUAAGGGUAUUCUGGGGGAGCCCGGACUUGAGGGACCACCCGGAUUUAGAGGCCGACCAGGGCUAGUAGGCAAACCUGGUGAACCUGGAAUGCCAGGAAUGCCAGGAAUGAAUGGAAUGAGUGGAGCAAGCGGAGCCGUUGGAAGCCCCGGUGCACCAGGACGACGGGGAGAUGACGCAUUAUACUGUGGCUGCCUACCUCGAGAUACAAUCUAUAGAACAAAUGUUACUAACUCCCAACAGCUGUGA